GACCGUCAUCGUUUCGUUGCGUUUUGUGGCGAUUGCAAACUCCAGAGAUGGUGCAGCGCAGGGCGGACUCUGCUGCCUCUGGAGGCGGUGGUUUCGCUGUAUGCCUAUCUUACGCUCUAUCUCCGCCCUCGGGGGAGAGACUCCUCCGUUUACCGAGCACCUUUUUACGCGCACUGGCGUUAAAUUACAAUUAGGGGCUGACGGACUGCAGGAGCGCAAAGGACACCGCGUCAAUUUGGUACCGGAUUCCCCCUCAUUUUUUCCUCCUCCUCCUCGUAAUCAAUUUCUGGAUUAUGGGGACGUCGCUGAGCCACGCAGGGUUAACUACAGACGCUUUCCAAGAUUAGCUAGAAACAUGGAGCACGCCAGAAACAAUGUGCAUGAAUCAGAUUUUGUUCCAGUGCUGCUACACAUUUCAGUGAUCUCGCCUGUAAAUACAGGAUAUUUAUUUUAAUGCUUCUGUGCGUUUUUUUGCUUUUAGUGCGCGCAAUGUGCAGCGCCGUGGUUGUUGCUGCUGCUUAGAGUUGGCAUAGCCCCACAGACAUCAACCUUAAUAAUCAUUCUUUUAAAUGUAAGUGAUGCGCAGACCUCCGUGGCUUUAACCGUAAUCAAUCCGCCGUUUUUAACGUAAAUACAAGCGAAAAAUGAUGAAAUAAUUGGCUGUGUUGAUCGGCAGACACAAUUGCGUUAACAGGAGUUCAUGUUAUCCACAGAUUUGAAAAAUAAAUAAAUAAAUAAAAAUAAAAAAAAACCGCGACGCAGGGGCUGUUUGGAGUCACAUGCGCCCGGGACAAACAAUUAAGAUGACAAAAACGGUCCCCAGGAGAGAUUGUCUUUAUUACCGAGGAAGCCGCAUUCUUAUCACAUCACAGUUUCUGGAUUGUAAUAGAGUUGGAGGACAGGGAGCAGCAGAGGGAGAAGAGAGGGAGGAGAAGCAGAUGAGAGCUGCCGAGCCGCACACCGGAGCCGCUGCUGAGGGGCAGGAUUUGGCUUCAGUGGUGGACUGAGCUGAAGUUGAAGGGAUCCCUAUGACAGUCGGCUUCACGUUUCCCCCCCAAGCCUUCGCUCUGGACAGAAGCACGUAUGGACACAUUGCAGCACAGGUGAGGGACAAGAGGAGCUCUGCCAGUUGGCCUCAUGAUUAAAACACAACUCUCUCUCAAAGAGGACAGCAUCGGGCUUUCAUUUGGAAACCGUCUCUCAGGUCUGCACAAACUGAUUCUACCUUCAUCCCAAAAAGAAAGUAAACCUGCAACCUCAGCCUCCCACUCCCCCACUCCCAAGUGCCCUGGAAAGCCCACCGGAUACAGUCUGCAUCCACAGAUGUAACUAAGAUUUCUUCUUAAGGAAGUCCUAUAAUUUUGGCUGCAUGGACACAUCUUCAAAGACGUGGCUGCCCCAUCAGAGUCAGUUUGGGUUGGUUGGUCAAGCGGAGGCUUGCUGUGGUGGUGGACCUGGAGUUUUAACCCCAAACCAAUCUCGCAGGGCAAGUUUUGCCUCUGCAAGACAGUCAAGCAUGGAAACUCCUCCCAAUACGACCCCACAGCCUUUCAGACAGCCGAGCUUUCUCAAUCGAAGGUUGAAGGGUUCCAUCAAGAGGGCAAAAAGUCAGCCCAAACUUGACCGGACCAGCAGCUUCAGACAGAUGAUUUUGCCCCGGUUUCGUAGUGCUGACCAAGAAAGGACUCGCUUGAUGCAGAGCUUCAAAGAAUCCCACUCCCAUGAGUCCCUCCUUUCUCCUAGCAGUGCCGCAGAGGCUUUGGACCUAGUUUUGGAUGAAGACGCCAUAAUCAAACCUGUCCAUUCUAGCAUUUUAGGACAAGAGUACUGCUUUGAGGUAACGACUAGUUCAGGGACAAAAUGUUUUGCCUGCCGUUCAGCUUCAGAAAGAGACAAAUGGAUCGAAAAUCUGCAACGAGCUGUCAAGCCCAACAAGGAUAACAGCAGACGGGUGGAUAAUGUCCUCAAGUUGUGGAUCAUCGAAGCACGAGACCUUCCAGCUAAGAAACGCUAUUAUUGUGAGCUGUGUCUGGAUGACAUGCUGUACGCACGCACCACCAGCAAGCCCCGCACCGACACCGUCUUCUGGGGCGAGCAUUUUGAAUUUAACAAUUUGCCUACCAUUCGUAGCCUUCGUUUGCACCUCUACAAGGAAACGGACAAAAAAAGACGCAAGGAAAAAAGCACAUACAUUGGCCUUGUUAGCAUCCCCAUAUCCAGCAUCACCGGCAGGCAGUUCGUCGAGCAGUGGUACCCGGUGAUUCAGUCCAGUGUUCUGGCCAAAAGCGGCGGUGUUGGAAGUACCAAAGUUAUCAACGCCUCACUACGUAUCAAGUCUCGCUACCAGACAAUGAACAUCCUCCCGAUGGAGCUGUACAAGGAGUUUGCGGAGUACAUUACCAACAACUACCGAACACUGUGUGGGGUUCUGGAGCCUCUGUUGAGUGUGAAGAGCAAAGAGGAGGUGGCAUUUGCACUGGUGCACAUCCUUCAAAGCACGGGGAAGACAAAGGAGUUCCUGUCAGACAUGGCGAUGUGUGAGGUGGAUCGAUUCAUGGACCGAGAGCACUUAAUCUUUCGGGAAAACACACUCGCUACAAAGGCCGUGGAAGAGUACCUCAAACUGAUAGGUCACAGAUACCUCAAGGAGGCUAUAGGUGACUUUAUUCGAGCCUUAUAUGAGUCUGAGGAGAACUGCGAGGUGGACCCCAUGCGUGUCCCACCAUCAGUCCUCGCUGACCAUCAAGCCAACCUUCGAAUGUGCUGCGAGCUCCUACUCUGCAAGAUUAUCAACUCUCUCUGCAUAUUUCCCCGGGAGCUGAAAGAAGUUUUUGCCUCAUGGAGAGCCAGAUGUGCUGAGCGCGGAAGAGAGGAUCUCGCUGACAGCCUCAUCAGCUCCUCCCUGUUUCUUCGCUUCAUGUGCCCAGCCAUCAUGUCGCCCUCCCUGUUCAACUUAAUGCAGGAGUAUCCCGCUGAACGCACGUCCCGCACGCUCACGCUCAUAGCCAAGGUGAUGCAGAACCUGGCCAGCUUCAGCAAAUUUGGACCCAAGGAGGAAUACAUGUAUUUCAUGAAUGAGUUCCUGGAAAUGGAGUGGGGCUCCAUGCAGCAGUUUCUCUAUGAGAUUUCCAACUUGGACACCGGAGGAAACGCAGGAGGGUUCGAGGGCUACAUUGACCUCGGAAGAGAGUUAUCCAUGCUCCACAGCUUACUGUGGGAAGUCAUGGGCCAGCUUAGCAAGGAUGCUAUACUCAAACUUGGACCCCUGCCUCGACUGCUGAACGACAUCAGCGUCGCUCUGAGGAACCCGCAGCUUCACAUGCCGACAAAUCACCAGCCGGACCGACCGAAGGACAGACUCUUCUCCCGCCCGUCCUUCAAUCGUCUUAUGUCCUCUGAUUUCCAAAGCCUUAUGAUGCGUGACUUAAACAGUUCAAUAGACAUCUCUCGCUUGCCGUCCCCCACUACUGGAGUGUCAGCUGUAGAAUCCCUCGCGUCUAACCUGAACAUGAGGCGGCACGCUGAACGCGACCUUCGCUCGUCGAGGGAAGUGUUCUAUGUGACCCGCCCACCCCUCGCUCGAUCAAGCCCUGCGUACUGCACGAGCAGCUCGGACAUCACAGAACCUGAUCCGAAGGUACUGUGGGUCCACAGUGUAAACAAAAGUGUGUCCAUGAUGGACCUUCAGGACUCUCGUAUGAACAGCAUUUCCAACCUGAACUCUGUGGGAGACAUGCUCACCUCCUCUCAGGCCUCCAUCGCAGGUCUCGGCCACAGCUUUGGGAACCUCGGCGGUCCUCUUCGUAUGGGCGGGCAUUUGCCGAGUGGUUCAGCGGGCUCUGGUCUGAGAAUAAGCCAGAUGGGUCAUGUAGGGGGCCCGACCGAAUCCAUUUCUCAGCAACAGCAGCAGGCGGCAGCGGCUAUGCACUUCCCCCUGUCUUUCCAGAACCCGCUAUUCCAUCUGGCCGCCCAGAACUCCCCGGCUCAGUCGGCCCAGCCUCCCCCUCCUCUUCUCCUCGCCCCUGAGCCUGAGAAUGGCCAUCACGACUACCCACCGGCCUUUGGCAACAGUGCUUUCUCUCGCAGCGAGGACUUGUCCGCCCUGCGGUCACAGAGCAGUCUGGUACAGCCGAGCAUCGUCCACUCACACAGCUACAGUGAUGAUUUCACCCGGCAGAAUCAGAGCAAUGACUAUGCCUGGCACCAGCUGUCGCUGCAGUCUCUUCAGCAGCAGCACCUGAUGGGCGUCACAUCUCAGACACCCACAGGCACAGGCACGCCUGCAUCUUUGGCCACGCCUCCGACCACAGUCCAUCCUGUCCGCCAGACAUCCAUCGCCGCCCAGCACCUCAAGUCCCAGCGGUCCAUUAACACCCCGGCCACUGCCACGCCUCCAAAGGUCCGUCCUCAGAGCAGAAACCUCCUCCUCAACUCUUCUGAAACAAACUUGAGCGGCAGUCAGCCAAAUCCCGGCAGGCAGCUGUCGGUGACAGACAGUCCGGCUCCUGGGCUCCCGUACCAGACGAGCUCCGCCAAAGAGAACCAAAUCCCGCCGGCAGCCGCAGAGGAGGCAACAGACACGCCCACAAAAAGCACCAAGAAGCCUCAGCAGUCACAGCUGCAGCCGCCACAGCAGCAUCUGCUCAAGCCAGUCGUCAAUAAGCAGGGUUCUCAGUCCACUUUGAACACCCCGUCCCUGAAUGAGCGGACGGUUGCCUGGGUGUCCAACAUGCCACAUCUCUCUGCUGACAUCGAGAGCCUGCGGCCGGACCGUGAGGGCCAACUCAAAGAGUACUCAAAGAGUAUGGAUGAGUCACGGCUGGAAAGGGUUAGAGAAUACGAAGAAGAAAUUCACUCGUUAAAGGAGCGACUGAAGAUGUCUCAUCGCAAACUUGAAGAAUACGAGCAGCGACUUCUGACGCAGGAACAGCAGACCAACAAGAUCCUGCAGCAGUAUCAGAACCGCCUGGAAGACAGUGAGCGCCGCCUGAAGCAGCAGCAAAUGGAGAAGGACUCUCAAAUCAAAGGCAUCAUCAGCAGACUCAUGGCUGUGGAAGAUGAGCUGAGAGGGGGUGCCAUUCCUGAUAUUAAGCCUCGAAUCCUCACAGACCAGUCUAUCAGCCAGGGAUAUGGAUCCUGACUGCCAGUUCCAAAGUGACCAGAGUUCAUGAUGGUCACUUCAGUGUAAGAAGACUGACUCAGACCCUUCUCUAACAACCCCCAUCAAGACAAAGCUCUGCAGUGGAUCCAGCAGGACUACUGGAGGCGUCAACUCACAUUCUUAAAUAAAUAAUGACAAAAAAAAAAAAAUCUUGCACAUAUUCAAACUUAGCCUGUACCAGAACUUGACAAUCAGCUUAGCACGAGGACCAAUGUGGGAAGUGAAUCUUCUUAUGAGCCAGUGCCACAACAAUGGCAAUACUAUACCUACUGAGUUUCUUUAUUUAAUCGGGAAAAAAGUAAGAAGAGGUGUGCAAAACUCUGGGGGAUAAAGAUGUACUCACGGUGUUCCCUCCUACGAGCAGCACGGUUUCUUCUCGCUAAGGUGGCUGCAGACAAAAUGUAAAAUAGGCUUUUUAUAAGCACAAUAUCCCUUCAUGGUGAUGCCUGUGACGAGUGACAGGCGUCGAAUCAUUUGCCAGCUGUUAUCCUCAGAUGCAGGGCCCGAGCAAAGACAUAUUUUACUAUUUGGCUCUGGUGAAAUCAUAUAGUAACAUAUUGUCAUUGCAAAAGUAUUUUCACUAAAAAAAAAAGAAAAGGUGGUUAUCAUGAUUUUUGCAUCUUUUUUAGUACAUGCAUUCCAUCUAAAAAGAUGCCAAACAAGUCCUACAGUCACUUUAAGUGUUUAAGUACAAUCUGAAUCUUCUCGUUGGUUUGCUUUUUCCUGGCACGCAGUGUAAAGCCUUGACUUUCAGUGUACAGAAAAAUUAUUUCGUAAAGCUACUAAAAUCUUUGUAAUAAUGGAGAAUACUUUACAAAAAUAAGCUUAAAUUAACUUUAUAGUAUUAUUAAUAGUGAUAAUUGUGAUAAACUACAGUAAAUCUAACAUUUCAAAACAGUGCUACAAAGUGUUUCAACGCAGCAUUAAAGAAAAAUUAUGGGAGAAUGUAAACAUUGGUUUAAAAGUGCACUCCACCAGUUUUAUACAGUAUGAGAGAACUAGUUAGUCUUCUUGGUGUGUCUGGAGAGGCUUUGGCUGAUCAGAGAAAGUGAUCCUGUCAGUGAUGCCAUCUGUGCUUGAACCAUGGUCCUGUGCUACGAAGCAAGUUAAACAUACCCAGGAUAUCUGGCUUCACUUACCCUAACAUUUGCAAUCAGGCUCAGCGGUCACAUCAAGGUGGUUAUCAACUUAAUAAGUUCACCCAGAGUUUAUCCGUCUAGCUACGAAUCCGUUUACAUUAAAGGGGUGGCAUUAGCAGCAUCUGACCAAUCGCAGUCAUGAGACCACUAGCAGCAGAGCGACUGAUUUUACAAAAGUAAGGCAAAACUAUAAUAUUAGAAAAAUAUGAAGAGCUAAACACAAUACAGAUGGAAAGCAACAGAGCUGCUGCAGACAAAACAGUAGAAAGGCGCUGUAGAGUAGUGUUAAAAGCGGUGCAUGAAUGUGUGUGCACUUUAAGUGCUUUUUUCAGUGAGACUGGAAAGACCUGCUGUAUUUAGAAAGUUUAACCUAUCUGAAGCAGUAUCAGUGCUCUGUCACUGAGUCACAGGGAAAUCUGAUACUUACGCCAUUAAAUCAAUAUUGUUGCUUACAGCAUGGUUUUAGUUUUUAUUCCUGCAGCUGGUGUUCAAGGGUCUAAGAGCAACAAAUAUUAAAAUAUAAUUUGGUAUAAAGUCCACAAGUACAAAUAGGUGCUCUGAGGGAUCUUCCAGGAAAAGUGAAUUGGUUGAUACUUUACUGAUUUUGUAUUUGUUGAUCUCUGAUCUCAAACAUAACCUGCUCUGGACUGCAGGUCAGCAGCAUAUGUUGCCACGGUGAUGUACAUGGGUUAAAAGUGGAGCGCCUUUUGUAAUAAUGAAAUCCAGGGUGAAGCCUCAAGUUACCUGGAUGAGGCUGCUUUGAAACACGGGUCUUUGAAGACUCCCAGGGUUUGUGCUAUAAACUGGGACUGUGGAGUUUUGGAGACAUGACAGUUUGUCCUUCCUAAUAACUACCUAACUCUCCUGGCCAAGGCCGAUGCCUUAGUUUACCAUUUUAAAGAAAGUGAUUAUAUCUUAAUGGUCCAAAGGUUAACCUCUCCCCACGUUUAAUAAAGACGGAAACAGCCUAAAGGUCUGGGACGUUUGUUGUGCUAACCUCCAGCAGAGCCUGGCUUUUUUUUCAAAUUCAUGUUACUACUUAAUUUCUUGUUGUUUAUGAUAUGUUUGCAGAAAUGUCAUGAAAAGAUAACACUAACACAGCUCGUCACAGUUUUCCUGACCUCCCGAGCUUAAUUGGUUACCUUAAUUGCCUGUGUGCUCUUUUUAAGUAGAACUGCAAUAAUGAGCAAUUCAGUGAACUAACAAAAUUAACCAGCAACCGUUUUCAUAAUGAGAUUAUCAAACAGUGUUAGGCUGAUGCUUCUCUUACAAAGUAAACUGGAUUUAUUUUGGGUUUUUCUUUUUGCUCUUAGCGAUGCAAAAUGUCCAUUUGAAAGCAUCACCUUAGGCUUUAGGGAUAUUUAAUUGAGUGUAGUGGUUCUAACUUGGCCUAAACCAGCCUAUCACGCCUGGUAUUUUUUGUGUGUAUCUUUUUUUUUUUAUGUGUUUUUUGUGUGUUGAUUUUGCUGCUUGACACUUUGUAACCCUGGUUUGAAAAGUGAAAUAUAAAUAAAGAAAAUUUAACAAACAUGGUUUUAAAACGAGACGUGCACCUGGACGCAAAUCUUAUAUAACAAGUAGUGAGUUACUCAUCUGUUGUGUUUAAUGUCUCUGAAGCAUAGGUGUGCAACAGUUCUGCAUGUGCUUUUUAAAUGCAAGGACAAGUAAGUCGGUUUGCUGUCAGAUAUACUGAUGUACACAAAAAACAAAACAAAAAAAAUUACAAAAAAAAACCAUACUUUGACACGGCUUUCUUAUUGGAAGGCAUCUUUUUUAAUCCAACCUGCUGACUCUUCUGCUUUUUUCCAGAAGAGUGUGGCAUUCAGCCUUUUGCAUUAUACAACAUGGGAGUAUAGUGAGAAAUGAUCAGAAAUCCGAGAAACGAGAGAGGACACAGUGAAACCAACUGAACAAUAAGACGUUUACAAGCAGGGAUAUGUAGUAUAUGUGCAUAGGAUUUGACUGCCUUACAGUCUGUGCCACAGGGCCCAAAAUAACAAUGCCAAUACAAAAAGCUGUAAACUUUGUAUAUUAAAUGUCUUUUUCUUUUUGUAGUCAGGUGAUGAAUUAAUAAGCAGUGUGUUGGUUAACUCUGUAUGUUAGAAACAUUUACAUUACAAAUUUCAUGGUUGAUAUCAUUUAUCCUAACCUCUUUGCCUUUAAAAAGACAUUUUAUUUCAAGAUAAAUAUCAAUGAUACAAAGUUAAAUGUUUAUGUUACCAGAACUGUAUAAAAUAGCUUCAUGUAUAUCUAUUCUUAUAUGUAAAAUGUAUUCGAAUCAAGGGUAGGCCUUCAGGCAUGUUGAAGUUGUGGUUUAAAAAAAGAAUUUGAUUCUUAUAUUAUUCUAACUCUUAAUGCUGCAAUCCAGAAACUGCAGCGCUGCGGCUGCGUUCGUGGGACGAGAGCUGAUUAAGUUCAUUUUUGCUCCAGAUGAAAUACGACAAGAUUCGUCUUAAUAGCUUGCCUACUUUGUGUAACCAAACUAGCAGUGGUGCUUUCAACAAAUGCUGGAUUGCAGUUUUAAGCAGUCUUCUUUUGGAAAUAUGCGUUUAUUUAUCUGGCCUGCAUUGCAAUACAGUAUUUUGAAAUGUUAUACUGCACUUCUGUUUUCACUUUACAAGAAGCUGCAAUCCAUAAUCUGCGAAAAAUGUUUUUAAAGACUAUAUAUAUAUAUAUAUAUAAUAUAUAUAUAUAAAAUGGUAUACCCAUGUAUUAUUGAAAACUUUCUCUGUAUUAGCUGCAGUGGUACAGUGUGCUACCUCUGAAAUCCUCCCCUCAUCUCCCUUUGAAAUUUAAGGUUGUUUUUCUGUUUCGUAACGUUACCUGAGAGGGUACUUUAUUCCAUUAAGCUAAAAAUCCUCCUUUUAUUUCAAAGCUACUGCUAACAAACUAGUUAUAAUUUUGCUUGUUUAAUUGCUUAAUUCUAUUUUUGGAUUUCCUGUAUGCAACCGUUGCCAUCACAGGACCGUUUCUAAAGUCUGUCCUGUUUGCUAUUGUAUUUAAGUGCCAUUAGCAUUGCAGUCAUACUAAUGUCUUUUUGAAUCGUGGGAUGAGAUCGAGCGUGUUCCAGGUAUUUGACUCUCAGGUGUUAUGAGGAACACAGAGAUUUGAUGCACAGAAUAUCGAACCACAAAUUUCAACGCCGAAGCAACACAAAGUUCAAAGAGCGCAUUAAAUGAGGGGUUUGUGCUAACGCUAAAGCAACCGCUCUGCUUUUAUCUGGGCUGGCUCUCUGCUCUCAUCUCAUUCUUACAAAUAGUUUAAUUUACACCUUCCCUUUUAGCGUUUGUUACAUAAGAGGAAGAGGAGUUUGUUUUCUUGGUCCAAAUAAAAAAUGUGACAAAUGCCCCACUGUAACAAGACUUGAUGAGGAAUAUUAUAUAAGAUGCUACUGAAGAAGUGCUUUAUCUUUACAUAAUCAUGACAUAUUUUAGACGUCGUAUGAACCUUUGUUGACCCAAGGGAGAAUAACUGCCGCUUUGCUGCAGCUACAGCAAGAUAAUAAAUGAUAAUAAAUGAGAUUAUAUAUGUUGUAUAUUUUAAAUAAGGGUACUUAACAUCAACAUAUUUAUGUUUCUAAAAUGGAUGUAUAGCAUUUUAGAAUGAAGCAAAAUAUUUUUCUUGGCAGCUAUUAUUCUGCACAAUUGACCUACUGUGUCACAAAUCUAGAGUCAGUGGGAUUUCUGACUUGAAUUAGGCCUAGUGGAUGUAAUACCUUAAUUUACUUGACAUUUCUUUUGAAAUAAGCCAUGCCCCAUUGAUAAGCCAUACCCUCCAGUCCCCUGAUGUUGUGUGGUGGAUGUUUAAUGUUGGUAGUUUUAUUUAUAAUGGUAGUUAUUGUAGGUAUGAUUGCGCUUGUAAUUAUUAUUAUUAUUAGUGUAAGUAUACUUGAUUGAUAUGAUUUGUUUUGUUUGAACAAAGGGAAUGUAUUCAUUUUUCAGGUGAUUUUUCUGAGUGAUUUAAAUAAAUUAUUAAAUCCC